AUGUUUGCCAAGGUGUCCGACAAGUUCCACCAUCGCCGGCAGGCAUCCAACAAGGGUGGUCCCCCUUCGCCCUCGGCCCAGACAUCCAGUCUGGGACGUCAGACAUCCAACCCCCCCAUCCAGUCCCCGCCUCAGCAGAUGCAGUCUCCACCUCCUCCAAGUGCUCCGGUGCAGCCGCCAAAGCCAGUUGCAGACACCUCGGUUCCCAUGGACGUUGAAGGGCCGCAAUCGGCGCCCAUGUCGUCAGCCACCGGAACGCCCUUGUCAACCACUUCGGCCACCCCUCAAUCUGGCAUGGGCGGAGCUGCGCCCCCGCAGACUCAAGAGCAGAUCCAGACCAACCGCAACAACAGCAUAGAAAUGGCCGACGUCUCAAACCUCUCCAUUCAACCCGACGGGCGCCAGGGCAGCGCCGAUGAGGAUCGCAUGCGUGAGAAGGCCCGCGAGGCCCACGAACAGGCUGCCCAUGCUCAAGCGAACCUUCAUAAUGCAACUCAACAGGCUCGAGUCGCUGCUAUCAACGCUGCUGCAUCCCAGGCGGCACUGGACGCUUCCAGCCAGACUCCGGGCUCCAGAACUCCGACCAACAACAAAGGAACGCCCCAGACCAUAAAGAAGACUGCAGGUCGCUACGCUCUAGCGGACUUUGCCAUUGAGCGAACCCUGGGCACUGGAUCUUUCGGCCGUGUUCAUCUCGUCCGCUCCAAGCACAAUGGCCGCUUCUACGCGAUCAAGGUCCUGAACAAAGAGAAGGUCGUCAAGAUGAAGCAGGUGGAGCACACGAACUCUGAGCGUGAGAUGCUUGUCCGCGUCCGACACCCAUUCCUUGUCAACCUCUGGGGUACUUUCCAGGACGUCAACAAUCUUUACAUGGUCAUGGACUUUGUUGCCGGCGGAGAGCUGUUCAGUCUGCUCAGGAAGAGCCAGCGCUUCCCUAACUCGGUUGCCAAGUUCUACGCAGCCGAGGUCGCCUUAGCUCUUGACUAUCUCCACUCCUUGGAUAUCAUUUACCGUGACCUCAAGCCUGAGAACAUCCUUCUCGGUGCUGAUGGUCACGUCAAGGUGACUGACUUCGGCUUCGCUAAGCACGUUCCCGACAUCACCUGGACCCUCUGUGGCACGCCGGACUACCUAGCUCCAGAAGUCGUUCAGUCCAAGGGCUACAACAAGAGUGUUGAUUGGUACGCUCUGGGCGUUCUGAUCUUUGAAAUGCUGGCUGGUUACCCUCCGUUCUUCACAGAGGAUGGCAACCCAAUGAAGCUGUACGAAAAGAUCAUCGCCGGGAAGGUCCGUUACCCGACAUACUUUGACCCGCUGGCCAAGGAGCUUCUCAAGAACCUUCUCAUCGGUGACCUUACGAAGCGCUACGGAAACCUCCACGCCGGAUCCGGCGACAUCUUCGGCCACGGCUGGUUUGCUGAAGUCGACUGGGACAAGCUGUACCGCCGCGAAAUUCCCGCUCCUUACGUGCCCAAGAUUGACGGAGAGGGCGAUGCCAGCCAGUUCGACCGCUACGCGGAGGCGGAUGUCAGCUCGUACGGUAAGACGGGAACCAGCCAGUACGACCACUUGUUCGUGGAUUUCUAG